AUGGAAGCCAAGCUUAAUCAGAUCACCGAGAUGAUGGAGCGCAUGAGCCAACGAAUGGAGCGACUUGAAGGUCAGCCGAGGCCAGCAGAAGUAAACGAUCAAAACCGUGAGGAACCUAUACACAUCCGCCGAGAUCGGAACCAGGAACCUGAGAUCGACAACCCUUUCUACGACAACAACCAUUCAUCUGGUAGUAGCCGAGUGAGACCGCGAGGCAACCGAAUGUUUCGUGGCCGAGCUGGAGGAAUCCGAGACCGAGGAAAUGCCAUGCCCGCGAGAAACCCAAACGACCGUUAUGAAGGAGGACGGCCACAGCAGCGUUACGAAGCCGAACCGGCCAGAGGCCGAAACGACAACAACCUCGGAGGAAUGAAGCUCCGGAUCCCAGCGUUCUAUGGCAAGAGCGACCCGGACGCCUUCCUGGAAUGGGAAAAGAAGGUAGACAUCAUCUUUGGAUGUCAAGAUCUUCCAGAGAGGAAGAAGAUAAACCUAGCUGCUUCAGAGUUCAACGGCUACGCGAUCGAUUGGUGGGAUCAGAUCGUGAUCAGUAGAAGAAGAAACGGAGAACGGCCUGUUGAAACCUGGGAAGAGAUGGCUACUUUAAUGAGGCAACGGUUCGUGCCCGCGCAUUAUCAACGCGAGCUGCACACCAAGCUCAGAUGUCUUACUCAAGGAACCAAGUCUGUGGAAGACUAUCACCAAGAGAUGGAGAGGCUUAUGAUCAAAGCCGAUGUCUUUGAACCUGAUGACGCAACGAUGGCGAGAUUCUUGAGCGGUCUAAACCGAGACCUUCAAGACCGAAUGGAACUUCAGGAGUACCAGGACAUGUACGAGAUGUUACACAAAGCAAUCCUCUUGGAACAGCAACUCAGGCGCAAGGGAACCAAUCGAUUCACUACCGGAUCCAGUUCGCGACCGACCUACCGAGAAGACAAGGCUGUCUAUCCAACGCGGCCGAAGUCCGAAGUCAAGCCCGGUCAAAGCACCGACCUCAAAGGCAAAGCCGAGGUAACCUCAGCCCGGACUCGGGAUAUUGAAUGUUUUAAGUGCCGAGGCAAGGGUGACUAUGCGAAAAAAUGUCCAAACCAGAGAGCCAUGAUCCUUCUAGGCACUGGCGAGGUCGUGUCCGAAGCCGAAAGUGAAGCCGAGCCAAAAUAUGAUGAGGAGCCUGAAGAAGAGUAUGCGGCUGGAGGAGAGCUAUUGGUAGCACGGCGAGUGCUAGUGUCACAAGAGCCGGUCCAAGAAGAGGAUAAAAGGAAAAAUCUUUUCCACACACGAUGUAUAGUCAUGGGGAAGACCUGCAGCAUGGUCAUAGAUGGAGAGAGUUGCACGAAUGUGGCGAGCCAGAGUAUGGUGGAGAAGCUCGGGAUGCAAACCAUCAAGCAUCCGCAUCCGUACAAUCUCAGAUGGCUUAAUAACCAAAGGCAACUCAAAGUCACCAAGCAAGUCACCGUGCCAUUUAAGAUCGGACGAUAUGAAGAUGAAGUGUUGUGUGACUUCGACCGGAAAACAGUCCCCGACGGGUUCACCAACAAACAUUCGUUUGAACACCAAGGACGUAAGGUCGUGCUGGCGCCUCUAUCCCUACACGAGGUCUACCGGGAUCAAAUCCAACUGGAAAGGAGUAGCAAAGGAAAAACUACCGUGAGUGAUUCCCUAAACACCUCCACUAAAAAUGAGAGUGAAACACUGAGUGAGCCACCACAAAAAGCCUUAAACACUCAACCCGUGAGAAGAGAGACUCUUUUUGUGAGGCCGAGAGAGAUAAAACAGGCUGUGCUUGAGAGACAACCUUUCAUUCUUCUUAUGUUCAAAACCGCUUUGGCUAGCACGUCUAACUCCGAGCCGGAACUUCCGAGCAGGAUUUCUUGGGUUUUGCAGGAAUAUGCGGACGUAUUUCCCGAAGACAAUCCAGGCGGACUACCACCGAUCCGAGGUAUUGAGCACCAGCUCGACCUCGUCCCUGGAGCGUCCUUACCUAACCGACCUGCGUACCGCACCAAUCCGACAGAAACCAAGGAGCUCCAACGCCAGGUCGAUGAGUUAAUGGCCAAGGGCUACAUCCACAAAAGUCUAAGUCCUUGUGCCGUGCCCGUGCUCUUGGUGCCAAAGAAGGAUAGAACCUGGCGAAUGUGUGUUGAUUGCCGAGCUAUCAACAACACUACGGUAAAGUAUCGCCACCCAAUCCAUCGUCUUGAUGACAUGCUAGAUGAACUCUAUGGGUCUAGUGUGUUCACAAAGAUAGAUUUAAAGAGUGGUUACCAUCAGAUCCGAAUGAAAGAAGGAGAUGAGUGGAAGACCGCGUUCAAAACCAGACAUGGUUUGUAUGAAUGGCUGGUCAUGCCAUUUGGCCUAACUAUCGCACCUAGUACCUUUAUGCGAUUAAUGAAUCAUGUGCUUAGGUCGUUCAUAAGCGUUUUUGUAGUGGUCUACUUCGACGACAUCCUGAUAUACAGUAAGAGUCUAGAAGAGCAUGGAAUACAGGUGGACGAGGAGAAGAUCAAGGCUAUCCGAGACUGGCCAAGCCCCAAGACGGUUGGAGAAAUUCGCAGCUUCCACGGUCUAGCCGGGUUCUAUCGACGGUUUGUCCGAGACUUCAGUACGAUUGCAGCCCCUCUCACCGAGGUCAUCAAAAAGGAUGUUGGAUUUAAAUGGGAACGAGCUCAGGAGGAAGCGUUCAAUACCCUCAAGCACCGGCUUACACACGCACCCUUACUCUCUCUGCCUGAUUUUCUCAAGACCUUUGAGAUCGAGUGUGAUGCAUCCGGAGUGGGAAUUGGAGCCGUGCUCAUGCAGGAGAAGCGACCUAUCGCUUACUUUAGCAAAAAUCUUGGAGGAGCAACGCUUAACUACCCGACCUACGACAAGGAGCUCUCUGCUUUGGUCCGAGCUCUCCAGACUUGGAAACACUACUUGUGGCCCAAGGAGUUUGUUAUCCAUACAGAUCACCAGUCCUUGAAGCAUCUCAAAGGACAACAGAAUCUGAACAAGCGACAUGCGAGAUGGGUUGAGUUCAUCGAGACCUUCCCUUAUGUGAUUCAGUACAAGCAAGGAAAGGAGAAUGUUGUGGCGGACGCGCUAUCCCGACGUUAUGCCCUGAUCUCGACGCUUGAUGCCAAGAUACUUGGAUUUGAGAUGAUGAAAGAAGCCUACGCAACCGACCUGGAUUUCCAAGAAGUUUAUCACGCCAGUUCCAAGUUUGCCUAUGGAAAAUAUUACCAGAGUGAUGGGUACUUGUUUUAUGAGCAUAAAUUGUGUAUACCUAACACUUCUAUGCGUGACUUGAUUGUCAGGGAGGCACACAGGAGAGGCUUGAUGAGACAUUUCUGA